CGGGUCGCAGUCGUCUCCUCCUGUUCCCCGCGGCCGAGGAGCUUGGCGAGGGCGGCGGCUCGCAAUCGCCUGCCGGUGCCGGCGCCGCGAGUGAGAGAUUGCGAUUUGGCGGUGAAAUGAGAAGAGGAAGCAAUUCACUGGGGGCAUUUGCAAAUUUGUUCCCCUGAAUGGUUGUGCCCUACUGAACUAUAACGGAAAUUUAAAAGAGGACAGGGGUCUAACUGCAAAAGAAAAACGAACGGUCACGAAGGUAACCUGGUGCGAGACGCCCAGAUCCAACGCUCCGUUAACGAAAGGCGAAGGCAGCGAGCAACGCAAGUAGGCGGGGAGAGCGAGUGUGCGGCGGCGGCGGCGGCGAGAGGAGACGAAAGGGAACGAUGCAGGCGCUGGCAAGGGCGUCGCGGGGGAUCGCGGCGGCGGUGCGCCCGUCAGCGGUGGAGGCGGCGCACGGCGGCUAGCUGCAGUAGGCCCGGGGCAUCGUGGUGCAGGUGAGGAACGGGAACCUGGACCGGGCGCUGUCGGUCAUGGAGCGCAAGAUUCGGUCCAGCGGCAUGGAGCGCCUCAUCCGGGCACGCACCCACCACCACGUCAAGGACUCGGAGAAGCGCGUGCUCGCGCGCAAGGCGCUCAUGCAGCGCGUCAAGUCCCAGGAGCUCGGCAAGAAGCUCCGCGAGAUCCUCAUCAAGAAGAUCAGGGGCCAGUGA